CCUUUACUCUAAAAUGUCUUUUCAUCCAUCUCUCUCCUCCAUUCUUUACAUUUACUGGACUGUUUUCACAACUUCAUACAAUAGGUGGAUGUACAAAGUUUAAGUUAAUCGUCAUUUUGUGAUGUAGUUCGUAGAAAAAGAGUAUAAUGUUCGUUGAACACAACACAGUAUGCUCAGCUGCUCUGUGUGUAACACGGGUGCAUAUCACUCAUGCCUGUUGGGUUUGUUGCCAUAGCUACGACACGACUGUGCAGACAAUCAUCUGGUCCCUGGUUCCUCCAAUAGGGUCGCAUGGCUGAAGCUGCAAUAUAAAGUAAAGAUGCUCAUCAUUCAGCGCUCGACUAGCAAGAAUCAGAAACAGGUUCAUGAGUGUGGAAAAGUAUAGCAGAGUGGCAGGCAGGGGGGGGGGACUGACUGCAUCCAGGCAUGGUGGACCACAGAAGACGAGAUCCGAGGAGCCACACAGCAGGAGAGGAAGGUGAGGAUCGGAGCAUCUGCCAUUUUGAAAGGCGACCCGUCUUAUUGUUCGCCGACAGAGUUUGGCGGAACAAAACAGUGACAGUAAACAAGAAACGCCCUUUGCAUUCGGCGUGUUGAAUAGCCAAAAAGGGGACCAGAAGCAACAGAAAAGGAAGUGUCACUUUACAUGAAAUGCAUCAGUUGGAUGAAAGCAGAGUCUGCUUGUAGUUUGUAAACGUAGUCGGACGCCGCUCAAGUGGAAAUUAGUUUCAUUUGGUAAGAUCAAAGAAAUGCAGCUCAUCUUUUUUUCGAGAUACAGCUGGAAAUUCAAAACGUCAAAGAUGAUUCUUCAAAGUUUUUAGAAUGUAUUGUGAAAAAAAUUGAAAGUAGUGGUGUAAAUCAAGCAGAGAUCCAUUAAUGAAUGGAAAAGAUUCAUGGUGGAGCUUUGAAGCCUUGGCUUGUUGAAAUCAAAGGCCUGAGAGCUAAAAAUUAUUAUUAGUUUUUGUUUUUUGUGUGCUCUCCAUAUCUCUGAGAGAAACAAAUUUGGUCAGUUAAGCUCCGGCUUGGAAAAGGACAACAGCCAAUGCAGCUUGUUCAAGCUGCCCCCCUACUGGGCGGCCCAUGAGCCUGUCGAUAUGGUGCUUUUUUGAUGUUGGAUGGGAAAUAAGAACCCCCCACAACAAACACAGAGAGGGGCUGGAAGAGAAAAAGAGAGGGCAGAAAGGGAAGAACCAUCGACAGAUGGACUUUGUUGUGAUUAAAGAUGGCGGCACUCUUGACUGCAGACUGCGAAGGACUACAGACGAUCCAUAGAAAAGCGGCGGGAGCUGUCUGCGAUCCAGCACAACAAAACCGAGAAGAACACAGCGAGGUGAACAAGCAGGAACAAAUGGAGAGCACUGGUGGUCUAUCAUGGUGCCACAGGAACUUCCAUUUCAUGGACAUGACAGGGACAUUAUCUAUCCUGCAGACCAAUGUUUUUAAUGACUGCAAAAUGGAAACUACAAUAAAUGGACUUACAGCAGGAGGGUGCAUGAGGAGGACAAUCACACUCAAGGAGAUUUUUGGUACUGGCGUACAUAGAGGUCUGGAUCUAAUCGUUGUGUGGUGUGUGCUCCACGAGGACGUGGUCUGCGGAUGCUGGGACUAUGAGCGUCAGCGACAAAAGGGGCUGCCUAUCAGACCUGGCAGGCAGCUUCAAUGAGGAUGCUCCAAGACCUCCAGUACCAGGGGAGGAAGGUGAGCUGGUGUUUAGUGAUGGACGCCAGUGCUGUAACUUCUCCUCAAAGAAUGAGAGCCUUAAAUGUGAGGCUUCGGUGGCUAUGCCAAGGAGACCAGACUUGGACCUGGGUUAUGAGCCCGAGGGCAGCGCCUCUCCGACCCCACCCUACUUAAAGUGGGCCGAAUCUCUUCACUCCCUCCUGGAUGAUGAGGAUGGUAUCCAUCUGUUUAGGAUGUUCCUCAAGCAGGAGGAGUGCGUGGACAUGCUGAACUUCUGGUUUGCGUGCAGUGGCUUCCGCAAACAAGAAGCUAAUGAGGGUUACGAGGAGAAGAAGGUGAAGCUGGCGAAGGUCAUCUAUAAGAAGUUCAUCUUGGACAACAAUGGGAUUGUCUCCAGACAGAUCAAACCAGCUACUAAGUCCUUCAUCAAAGACUGUGUGAUGAAGCUUCACAUUGACCCUGCGAUGUUUGACCAGGCUCAGACCGAGAUACAGACUAUCAUGGAGGACAACACCUACCCUUUAUUCCUUAAGUCUGACAUCUAUUUGGAAUAUACAGGUGGUGAGAGCCCCAAGCUGCACAGCAAUCAGAGCUCUGGUUCUGGCAAUGGAAAAGGGAUGUCGGGGUACUUGUCGACCGUGAUUGAAGGUGAGGAGUGGAGAUGUGACCACGAGUCAGAGGAGCAGCCCCCGUGUGACCCCACACCGAGCAGCCGGCUUACCCAGGAGCUGCUCAUGGAGACGGCACCACAGCGAGUUGCCAGCAGUGCAAGAUUCCAGGACAACCACGAGUACAGGCACACAUCAUGUCGGGAGUCCAUCAACCCUUACUUCAUCAACACCAUUGAUACUAUGGCUCCUGCCACCAGUGCCAACGACAGUGAGCAGCAGAGUAUGUCCAGCGACGCAGACACAAUGUCCCUCACCGACAGCAGUGUAGAUGGGGCGCCACCCUACAGAUACCGCAAACAGCAUCGCCGGGAGAUGCACGAAAGUGCCAAAGCAAAUGGGCGAGUGCCACUACCUCAUAUCCCACGCACAAACCGGAUUCCAAAGGACAUUCAUGUGGAGCCGGAGAGGUUUGCUGCAGAGCUGAUCAACAGACUGGAGGUCGUGCUGCAGGAGAGAGAGGAUCAAGCAAAACUGGAGGAGCGACUGAAGAGAGUUCAGUUGGAAGAGGACGGUGAUGAGCUCGUCAUGUCCACAGCCACAGCAUUUGGUGGUCAAAGGUUUCCCCCUGGUGUUUAUCCUCAGAAUUACAAUGCUCGCUAUGCAGACAUCACCUACAGUGGUGCUUUACCAAGGGACGCUCACGAGGAGAACCCCGAGAGCAUCCUGGAUGACCACGUGCAGCGGGUCAUGAAGACUCCCGGCUGCCAGUCGCCCAGAGCAGGUCGCUAUUCGCCCAAGUCGCGCUCACCCGACAGUUUCCCGGGAGGGAAAGCAACGGGACUUGGAAUGUCUCUGCCAUCAAGCCAGGGCAAACAUCCGUCCAGGCACGGGCCGAAGGGAGAAUCCAGUCACCUGUACCACCACAAACACAUGCAUCACACCCACCAUGCGGGCACUGGGAAGCCCAGAGAGCAGGUGGAGGCUGACGCAGCCGUGCGUGUGCACGGCAGCUUUUCCUGGGGCGCAGAGACGAGUCAUUAUGCAUCAAAGUCUCGCAGCUAUGCAGAUGGCAUGGGAUCUAACCCCAUUGAGCAUACAGGUAGCAAAGGUGGCUUGCACUGUAAAAGAGUGUACAAGAAAGGUGAGGACGUGCGGCCUUAUGACAUGCUGGGCUCUGGAGAGGACGUGGAGAAAAACCACAAGAUACUUUUGUGGCUGAUGGAGGGACAGAAAGAGAUGGUUCAACAUAAGAGGAGCACAUACGGGAGUACCACUGGAUCCAAGAGGACCACAGGCCACGAGGGCUCGUACCCGUGCGUCAGCAGCACGCAGCUGCGGAACAACGUGCAGCCAUCACACCCUUUCAUCCAGGAUCCCACCAUGCCACCCAAUCCAGCCCCCAGCCCCCUCACCCAGCUGGAGGAGGUUUGCCGGCGUCUUGAGGAGGAGAAGAUAAAGUCUGCUGUUUUACAGCCCAAACAAAGGUAUGUGAUGGAGGUGAUCCAGAGGGGUCGCACCACAGUCAGGCCGGCGCUGUUCCCUCCGCUCAGCAUGGUGCCCGCCGUUUCUGACAGCGAGCUCUCCGAGCCCGAACAUAAAACCACUAAAAAGACGACAUGUGAAAACACCGUUGUGGCGUAUUACUUCUGUGAAGAGCAGAUACCUUACAGGACGUCCGUCAAAGGCAGAGUCGUCACCCUGGGCCAGUUUAAAGAACUGCUAACAAAGAAAGGAAACUACAGGUAUUAUUUCAAGAAGGUGAGUGACGAGUUUGACUGCGGCGUGGUGUUUGAAGAAGUACGUGAGGACGACGCUGUCUUGCCCAUCUUUGAGGAGAAGAUCAUUGGCAAAGUUGAAAGGAUUGAUUGAAGUGCGUGUUUGAGAAGGAGUGGAAACUCUGCGAUGGAGCGAGGAGGUGAAGAGGAAGUGUUUUUAGGUAAAAGAAACGCCAGAGGGAUAGUAAUGCAGUAAAGGAGAGGAAGAGCAAAGUGACGUCGGGCCACAGAUGUUUAAAAAGAUGAAUGACGAACAAAAAGUGCUACUAAAAAGCUACAUAUUUUUGAUAUUGCGUAUCAGAGGUCAGAUGUUGUCCUUUCUAAAUUGUUCACACUUGUAAUUUUUUAUAUGUAUUGGUACCAGAUUGUGUACAGUGUGUUAAAAGAUAACAAAAUUUUAUAUCUAUUUAAGUAUUUAAAAAUGCUCAUUUUGAAGACGAUCGAAAAUAAUCUAUAGGGCUGAUUAUUAUUUUAUUUUGUUUUAUUAUUUGUUUUUCUUUCUUUGUUCAUCGUCAGGACGUGAUUAUUUUAAUACUUUAUUCAACCGAACUUUAUUUUGUAGCAUUGAGCCAGGCUGUGCUCGCGUCGUGUUACAUAACCACUGACUGCAACAAAAGAAAAUCUGCUCCUCCUGCAGAGUCUAAUGCAGCAGAGUCAUAAAACAGUACAUUUGUGAAGCUUAGGGUCACUUUUUGGUGAGAAAUAAUAACACAUUCAUAAUAAUUAUCUAAUAAUGUUUGUACAUUGAAGUUGUGUCAUACCUUAGGCUUGCAUUAAUGUACACGACACAGGUUAUGCUUAUAUUUCUGGUUCAUUGUAGGCGAUUCUGUUAAUUUACGCACAUUUAAGUUCUUCACGGCAUAUUUGACCCAGCACAACACACGAUGCAGUGUUAAUAAUAAUUCCAAUGAUUAUUAUAAUAAUCAGGGUUCCCACACCUUUUCUUGACAUCAAAUUUAAGGACUUUCCAGGAUUAAAUUCCCUCAGAUUCAAGGGCCGUAUGUGCUGACACAUUUACUCAUCAGUAAGAACCACUUCGUCCAUGGCGUCCACUUUUGAUUUUGAAGCACACUCUGUAUAUGGACAAGUGAUUGUCUUUGUGGUUUUGGACGAGUCGGUCAUUGUAAUUUGUCUUUGGGGAGACAGAGAUCUUUUAAUCGCAUCAUUGUUUUCUGUCUUGCUUUAUGUUACUUGCUCAUUGUUCUGCACGGAAUCUCACGUCAGUGUCAGUGGUCGCUAGUAAUUAUGACUCCACGUUUGUCAAUCGAUGAAAUGGUAGGUGGCGUCGUAAACAAAGAAGGGAGACCUAAAUAUCAACUUAACGUCUGUCUUGCAUACAAUUCCGACGCUUUCAACAACCCAUGUCUAUUUAGGGCCUUAAAAAUUAUUUUUCUAAUUCAAAAACUUGAAGGGAUUUCAAGGACACAUGGGAAACCCUGUAUAAUAUACUGAGAAUGUCCCGAAUGAGCCGAAUAUUUUGAUGAUUUGAGGAUGAACGUUUUCUUCCCUGUCGACAAAAACAACUCAUCAAUAUUUAAAACACAAUUUUUAAUGUACUUUUUUGUUUAUUUAUUAGGAUUUCUUCACCGAGCAGAACAACACUGACAGAGUGGUUAAUUCAGUCUAAAGCUUGUUUGAAUUCACUUGUUCUUUACUUUGGUGUUGCAAUAAAGUGGUGAUUUAAAGUUUGUCUGCACUCUAAGGAUGCAGAACUCUAAACCUUUGACAGAACCAUGUGGAGGUUGAACUCCUGUUACAGUAAAGGUCACACGUUAAUGUAAAUGCGGUGUUUGAUGAGUCAACACUUCACUUCAUUAAGCCCGGAUUUCAUUUAGACUCGGGCCUGCGGGGGGCGUCUUCGGCGGAGUUUGCACAAUAUGACGGAAAAAUAAUCUUUGACCUUUUGAAACAGUUAGUGCCAGACGGUGUCAAGUGUGGAAGUAAAUUAAUUCGGAACAUGGCUGGUAUUAAAAAUAGCUUUUAAUUAUGACACUUGGCGACUAAAUGUUUGGGUUUUGAAUUCGAGCACCGCGUGUGUGUGUGUGUUAAGAUGUUUAUUACGGAGGUCGCUAAACAAAAGAGCGUCUUUUAUAGUCUCGACACACUGAAGGUCGGGUUUGAAGAGACCGAGACAGAGUUAUUAUCAUGAAAAUUAUUAUUAUUUGUCACUUUAUAGAUAGUUUCCACUGUCCCCAACACGCAAUUUGUCUCCUUCUGCAAUGCUACUAUACUCUUUUUCAUUCUUUCAUCUUGAGAUCAUGGGAAUAAUUAUCACUUUCUUGUGAUGACAGGAUGACAAACUACUGAAAAAUAAUAAGAUUGCUUGUUGGUGCUGACACCUGCCUGUAGCUGAGAGUGUCACAAUUUAUGUUAUCAUCACGGGGGGAAAUUAGAUUUGUUUUAUCCUCCUGAGGGAAAGCAUUAAUUCAUGUUGUUGUCACAAGAAAACAAUGCUACCCGAGAUUAAGGCAAGAAUUUAUCUGGUUAUGGUGAGAAAAAGGAGUCUUGUUAUCCCCAAGAUAAAACAUGACUAUGAGAAAAUGGGCCUUGUUAUCAUAGGAUAAACACUUAGAUUUGUAAUGUAUCACAGUAACACAAGAAAACAAGCCUUAUCUUGAGUUAAUGCUUAAAUGUAUCUGUUUAUUGUGACAAAAGGACUCUUUUUAUGGGGAAAACGAGCCUUGUAUCACGAGAUAACGCAUUAAUGUGUUUCACGAUUACAAGAAAACACCACCUAUUUUGUGCCGCGAUUAACACAUCGUUAUUGCAAGAAAACAAACCUUGUUAUCUUGCGAUAACAUCAUCUUGUAUUAUCCCGAGAUAAAGCCUUAACUUGUGCUUGUUUUCUUGCAAUAAUGCAUUAUUUGUGGUGUUCUCAAGAGAAAAUGAGACUUGUUAUUUUGGGAUAAUGCAUUUAUUUAUCCUAUCACAAGAAAACAAGCCUUGUUAUCUUGUGAUAACUAUUAACUAGAUAAUGCAUUAAUAUAUAUGUGUUAUCGUCUCGUUAUCCCAGCUGACAGAGGAAAUGAGCCUUGUUAAAACAAGUCUUUCUAUCCUGAGAUAAAACUGUAAUUUGUCUCAUUAUCACAAUAAAACAAGCCUUGUUGUCUUGCAAUAACUAACUAUCUAUCUUGUUAUCACAAGAAAACAAACCAGGAAUAAAAUGUUCAGUGCAAAUGAUCUAAUUUUAUUAGUUUACUUUUACACCAAAGACAUUUAAAAAGAAAAAUACCCCGUUACACAAACCUUUGUUUUGUGUUCGCACUUACUGUAUCAUAAAGGUAUCGUCAGACUAUUAAGGCCUUUUUUUAAGGUGUUUUCUGCAAAACAUUUCCAAUGCAUCUGGAAAUAAACUAAGAUUAAACUCACAGGACAGGACGCUUAUUGAAAUAAAAAUCAUCCUUUUUCUAAUAUAUAUGAUUUAGUUCCAUUUCUCACGUGUUUGGGAAUGUGAAUGACAAUUUUUGCACUAGAUGAGCACAGAUGAACGAGUGAACGCGGCGGCACAGUGCCGCGUGACAUUAAGAUUCAAGGCCACCGUCGUUUUUUCUUUUUUUUUUCCCGCCCCCCUCUCAUUGUGAGGAAUGUGAGAUAAUAAAACCCUUUUGUUGUUGUUGUUAUUAUUAUGGGAUAGUAGGCAGAGAGAUGAAUGGGGUGGACCUUCAAUCCUGAGAGCUGUUUGUAAAUGUCACAGCAUAAAAACCCAAUUAUGGGGAUAUUUUUGUUUGUUUGAGCUGUUGUGUCUGAAAAUUCCUAAUUACACCACUUUUAUUUAUUUAGUGCAAUUGUCUUUGGUGAUUUUUUUUUUUCUCUCAUUUGUCGUUUGUACUUAAUUUUUUACACAUAGUCUCAUAUAUGUUAUGAUUUGUACUGUGAAACCUCUUAUUUAAAGUCAUGUAUAUAAACAUCAGAGUGCCUUUAUUGAUAUGCUGAUGACAUCGACAGAUGUGGGGACAUAAAUAAAAGCAAAGGACUAGCUUUAUACUUUUUUGUUCAUUUGUUUGUUUUAGACUUAAUAUUCAGUUUGGGUUUUUUUCCAGAUGUUGAUUCUUUCCUAUAUGAUUGUCACUUUUCUGUGUAAAUAUGUACAAGUUUAAAAAUAUCAUUAGCCACCAGCACAGGCAGCAGCAGCACAUCCAUGAUCCGUGGACCUGUGUCCGCUCACUAACUAGCAUGGUCACUGUUUUCAAAGAUACCCCCGGACAAUAAGACAAUAAAUACAUGCAAUAAACCA